AUGUAGUGCAGAUAUACGUUGUGAUUGUAAAACGUAGAGUCAUUUGCUUUAAUAGUUCUCUGAAUGUCUUUGGAAUUUGACAAGCUUUCCCAGAACACAAGCCUGAAGAGAAAGCCAGUAAUAGCCUGCAUGUUAAACUGAACUCUCAAGAACUAAUUUGGGGCCCACUUUAGCAUAGACUAAUAGAUGAUCAACGCCUUAGAGUUCUAUUGUAUUACCUAGGACAGGGUCACAUUUGUUUUAAUUACGACAGGAAACAUUUUUUGAAUGUAUGUAGCCUUCGGAAAAAAAAAAAAAGUCUCAGAAUUACCUGUCCCUCAACAAUGUAACUUCCAAAAGUAACAUAUUUUGAUUGCAAAAUGUCUACUUAGGGACAGAAUUAGCUGAGUUACUAUAUGAGAUUGUCACCUAUUUAGAUAGUUAAAUGUUGGCAUAUAGGAUCAUAUAUUUUUAAAAUAUGACCUUAAUGUUAGUUAAACUCUUGCUUCUCUCUGAAAGCAGUUAGAGAGCAUUGCCAGUAAUUGAUUCGAGUCAUUCCAAUUUUGUUAACAGUGCUUCUGUAUCAUCAUGAUAUCUAUAUAUAAACACAGGUUUGUUUCAUUUUUGAAUGGGUUGAUUUCUACUCAGAAGAAUAGAAAUUACCAUCCAUGCUUUGACCUACUGAAAGUAGUCUUUAUGGUUCCUCAAAGUUGUUCCAGCUAAUCCAGACUUUAGAAAUGUUAUUUGGAAGCAUAAGCAUUAAUACCAUGGGGUAGUAUAUAGUAAUAUGGCAAAGAGAACUCAGAACAAUAUGCUUAGUAUCAAAAAUAUUGAGAGAGUGGAUUAGGGGGAAAUUUUUAUCUUUGCUUUCUUUACAGCUCUGCCAUGAAGUAAAGCUUCGGAGGAAAAUCAACAUGAGUGAACGUGCGAUUAUUGAUCUUGAUCGUGAAAAGGCCAUUCAAGACAAAAUGAUGGAAUCUUCUCCAAAUUAUCCCAAUUCAAGACAAUGUGAAUUUACAGGGAUGAAUCACAGGGAUGGUCUGGGGAAGAAAGGUAAAACACAGCAGCGCUUACUCAGUGAAAGGAAUCAAAUGUGUAAGGAACAAAAAACAAUCAAAAAAUCAAAAGUAGGGUUAAUGGAUUCUGUGGCCGCAGACAACCAAAAGGAAUGUGAGACCCCGCCUGACCUGAGGACUUCUGAGGAAGAGAACAAGAGGUGCUCUGGUGCCCUCAACACAGCUCUUGAAGAACUUGCCAAAGUUAGUGAAGAAUUAUGCAACUUUCAAGAGGAAAUUCGAAAGCGUUCUAACCACAGAAGGAUGAAGUCAGAUUCUUUUCUCCAGGAAACACCAGUUGUAACUAAUAUGCCUUAUGGAGAUCACACAAUCAACAACAACCAGUGCAUUACUCCAACCAGUUUAGAAAAAGAGAAAAAGAAAAAUAGAAAGAAUCUGAGCUGUACUGAUGUUUUCCAAAACAAUUCUAAGAAAAAAGGUGGAAUUGAUAAAACUGAUCUGCAAAGAAAUGAAACCCCACCAGUUCCUCCUCCAAGAAGUACAUCUCGAAAUUUUCCCAGCUCAUGUUCUGCACAAGCCCAUGAAAGUUUGAAGGAAAGUUCAGACCACAAUGGCUGGGUGGCCCAAGAAGGUCAAGGCAAAAAGAACUGCAACCCUCAUUUCCUGUGGAGGCACGACGAGAUGCUUACGCUGUGUCUAAAUGAAAGGAAGACUUUGAAAGAUGGUAUCACAGUUUCUUCUUUGGCACCAGAAACCAAAAUAGAUAAAAAGCCUUCAUGUAAUGAAAAUGUUGGACUUACCGUGUGGUCAUGCGACACUGGGAUUGGUGCAAAAAAUAGCCCCUCUACACCAUGGUUCCAGAAAGCCUGCUCUAUUCCCAAUAAGCCAAAAUAUGAAAAGGUGAUUCCAGAUCACCCUGCUAAAUGUCAUCCUGAUCUUCACAUAAGCAAUGUCUGUAGCUCCUUGGUGACACAGAGCAGCAGCCCGCUGAGAAGUUUCAGUUGUGGCUUUGAAAGGACUACUAGGAAUGAAAAGCUGGCAGCAAAGACUGAUGAAUUUAACAGAAUCGUAUUUAGAACAAAUAGAAAUUGUCAUGCAGUACAGCAAAGUCAAAGCUACUCAGAACCAUCUGAAGAUCUUCAGCCCUGUGAUACUUCAAUUUCUUGCACGGAUAACAUCUCAGAAAGUGACAGUGUUUCUGACAUUCUGAAAACCAGUGCCCCCAUGCCUGUGCCCAGGGAAAAUGUGCAUGAUAAUUCCACCAAAAAACCCACAACAGGCCUAUUCAGACAAAUGCAGGAACACAUAAGCCCUAGCAGUUACCGGAAUAUGCUCCACGAGCAUGACUGGAGACCAAGUAACUUGUCUGGCCGACCAAGGUCAGCUGAUCCCAGGUCAAAUUAUGGUGUGGUGGAAAAGCUGCUGAAAACCUAUGAGACAUCAGCGGGGUCCGCAUUGCAAAAUUCUAAAUGCUUCCAGGCUAAUUGGACCAAAUGUAAUUCUGAGGUCAGUGGUGGAGCCACAUUAAGUCAGCAUUUUAAAAAGCUCCAAAUAGAACAAGAGCUUCAGCAAAAGCCAGCUAUGUGUGGAGCACAGCAAGUGAGGCAAGGAGCAGAUCGGAAAAAGGUAACUGAGUUUGCUUGCAAAAGAGUAUAAUUUUAGAGGAGAAAAAGAGGUUGAAGAGAUUUGUGUUUACAAUGAAGAGCUAUCCAUCAGCACAUUUUAUGCAUAAUUUAUAAAAAGUUACAAGGUGACAUACUGUUAUAAUUAGCCAAUGCUUUGAAAAUCCUGGUUUUACAUAGUGCGAUGUAUAUGCACCAUUGUUUUAAACGAGGCAGAUUGCCUCCUUCUUGUGUAAGAAAUUAUUUUUAUGAGGCUUUCAAGCCCUACAAAAGUAUCAGUUUACAUAUAGUUUAUCAGAAAUUUUGCCUGUUUGCCCAAAGUACAAAUAAUUAAUCCUGCUUUUCUAUUUCUGUUUUUUUUAGUUGAGCCCAUAAAUACCUGUAAGGUCCUGUGGCUUCAGAUGGGAAAUGAAAGCACAUAUACAAUCAUCCGCCAAAAUUCUCAUGAACAAAUAUUACUAAAUAUCUCCUAUUUUUGUACUGAUAGGAGGUUUGGGAAGGGUCCUCUGCUGUCGAUCGUUAAGAGUAGUUCUCCAUCCCUCCCC